AUGGAACUCAUAAAUCAAACAGCUGUUUCAGAAUUCCUUCUCCUGGGGCUGACAGAUGACCCAGCACUACAGCCCCUCAUCUUCAGCCUCUUUCUGUCCAUGUACCUGGUCACCAUCCUGGGGAACCUGCUCAUCAUCCUGGCUGUCACCUCUGACCCCCAACUUCACACCCCCAUGUACUUCUUCCUCUCCAACCUGUCCUUCACUGACAUCUGCAUAAGCACAACCACCAUCCCCAAAAUGCUGGUCAACAUCCAAGCAGAGGAUCAGAGCAUCAGUUACAGAAGCUGCAUCUCCCAGGUCUGCUUUGUUUUGAUUUUUGGUGGUUUAGAAAGUUGUCUGCUUGCAGUGAUGGCCUAUGACUGCUAUGUGGCCAUUUGCCACCCCCUAAGAUACACAUCCAUCAUGAAUUCCCGCCUCUGUGUUCUGCUAGUUCUACUCUGCCUAUUGGUCACCACUGUGAAUGCCCUCCUCCACACUCUGCUGUUGAUGAGGCUGUCCUUCUGCACUGACCAGGGGAUCCCCCACUUCUUCUGUGAACUUGCUCAGGUCCUCAAGCUGGCCUGUUCUGACGCCCUCACUGACAACAUCCUGAUAUAUGUUGUAGCUUGUAUGUUUGGUGGUCUUCCUCUCUCUGGGAUCAUUUUGUCUUAUGUUCACAUUGUGUCCUCUGACUUGAGAAUGCCCUCAUCAGGAGGGAAGCAUAAAGCCUUUUCCACCUGUGGGUCUCACCUGCCUGUUGUCUCCUUUUUCUGUGGGACGGGAUUUGGAGUAUACAUUAGUUCUGCAGUGACUGACUCAUCCAGGAAGACAUCAGUGGCUUCAUUGAUGUAUACUGUGGUUACUCAGAUGCUGAAUCCCUUUAUCUACAGCUUGAGGAACAGGGACAUAAAGGGAGCCCUGAGGAAACUCAUUGGCAGUACAGCUACUCCUCUCUAA